AUGAAGAACGCGGAAUGUUUUUCUCUUGUAUCAAAUCCUGAAAAUUCGAUUAAUACAAAUGAAAAUUAUUGGGAAUGUGAAGAAUGUUCAAUUAAUAAUGAAGAAUCAAUAAAACGAUGUCAAAAUUGUGGAAAAUCACGAUAUGGUAUCUCGCUAAUAUCUGCUGACAAAAUAGACAACGAAAAAGAAUAUGAUCAAACAUUACUAUCAAAACUAUUUGAUUUAGUUUCUUCAACAAACGUCAUGCCUACUUCUGAUAUAAUACAGAUAAUGACAAAACAAGAUUUGGAGUCAUUGACAGAACAAGAUCAACAAAGCUUUAUUGAAACACAUUUCUCAUAUGAUCAAACAAAAUUAUUAACAGAAUCUGACGUGAUUGUUUACAUAUCUGAUGUACCAACAAAUAUUGACCAUGAUGAUGCUCAUCUAGCAAAUUUGAUUCACAUGCAUCUACAAAAAACUUUUCAAAUUAUGCCAUCAAACAUUCAAUGUUAUUCAAGCUUACGCGCUGGUUUUAUGCGUGUUCGUAACAAAAAAAUAAAAGAUCGUUUAGUUAAAGAUAUUAAAACAAUCGUAUUAGAUUUGUCAGAAAAUCCAUCGUUAAUUUCAUUCAAUGAUACAUUUGAAUUUACUUCAUAUAUUGUUAUUGAUAAAACGAAUGAAAACAAAGAUGUAGAUUUACCAAAAUUUGAUGAAAUUCUUAAAAGAUGGAUUAAAAUUUAUAAUGGAGAAAAACCAUAUUCGUGUGAACAAAUAAGUAUUCAAUUUCCUAAUAUUUAUCGAAUUAUUUUGACUUCAUUCAAUAAUUUACUCGUUGUUAUGUCAAAUCCAGAUUUUUUAAUUAAUAAUUUAUUUGCACAUGUUUAUCUUGGUGCAAAUUGUAGUUAUUUAGAAGAUUUACCAAAAUCAACAACGAAAGAACAAUUAAAAGAAGCUCUAUGUGAUUCAAUUCAAUUAAAAAAUCUUUCUCCAUUAUCACUUCAUAUUGAAUUAAAUAAACAGACAAACAAUGCAUGUAUCAUAGCUACUGAUCAAGCUCGAAUAUGGGCAACAAAAAGUCUUAUCUACCUUGAUGACAAACCAAUACCAAUCAAAGAAAAUUUAACAUAUUGCCUAGUUCUUCAUCCAAUAUCUGAAAUUUAUACUAAUGAGGAAAUCUUGAAUCAAAAAAUAUUUCAUGGAGGAGUAAAAGUAAUUGAACAGCGUCGAGACAAACUCAUUCUUGAAGUAUCAAACAAAAGUAUUUUUGAUGAAUGUUUGAAAUUCGGUGCACUUCGUAUUGGUACAAAACCAAUAUUGAAAAUAGAAAACUAUAGCACAUUUAAAGAUCCUGAAGAACUUGAAAUUGAUGCUGAGACAUGGUAUCAAAGUGAAAUGAUUCGUUAUAAACCUGAUAUAAUGCAAUUUGUUGCUAAUCUUGAUCAUCCAAUAUUUCAUUACAAAUGGAAUUCGGAAAUUUGGCUUGAACAAUUUCAAAAUACAAAACCUUCAAAUCUAAUGAUAAANCCACAUUUGAAAUCAAAAUUGAUUGGACUUUCUAAAGUUACACAGCAUAGUAUCGCUAUAAACAGCAGGAGUAUAUUAACCCUUUCAGUCCCAAAUUAUUUCUGCCAGAUUCAAAUGAAGUAG